UCCUUUCUCACAAACCUGCCUAAAUUCUCGCUCAAUACUACCCACACUACCAUUCAUUUCCAUGGCCAUCAAUAGCUCGGGAGAAUCAUUCAACAAGGUUAAUUUUGCCACCCCAAGGAGCUUUGCCACCACCUUCAGGUCCCAUGCCAAGGAGACCCUAUUCCCCGACGAUCCCUUCAAGGAAUUCAAGAACGAGAAGCCCCUCAAGAAGGCAUUGCAGUACUUCGUCCCGAUAUUCGAGUGGCUCCCCAAGUACAACUUGAGCCUGUUCCGAUAUGACUUCCUUGCCGGCAUCACGAUCACUAGCCUUGCCAUCCCCCAGGGCAUCAGUUAUGCCAAGCUCGCGAAUGUCCCUCCCAUCAUUGGCCUUUAUUCCAGCUUCGUUCCACCCCUUAUUUAUGCCAUAUUUGGGAGCUCGAAACACAUCGCCAUCGGCACGGUGGCGGCUGCUUCACUGCUUAUUGCGGCCAUGAUCGAAGAAAAGGUCUCUUAUGACGAUAACCCGUCGCUAUAUGUCCAUCUGGUCUUCACAGCUACGCUCUUCACCGGCAUUUUUCAAUCACUCCUGGGAAUUUUCAGGUUGGGAAUAUUGGUGGAUUUUCUGUCACACUCCACCAUAAUAGGGUUUAUGAGUGGGACUGCGAUCAUAAUAUGUCUGCAGCAACUGAAGGGCAUAUUUGGAUUGACACAUUUCACUACCAAAACCGAUCUGAUCUCCGUAAUGCAUGCAGUUUUCAGCCACAGAAAUGAGUGGAGAUGGGAAUCCGCGGUUGUAGGAAUUUGCUUCCUUGCUUUCCUCCUCUUCACUCGGUAUUUGAGGAAGAGGAACCCAAGGCUAUUUUGGGUGUCGGCUAUAGCCCCAAUGGUGACGGUCAUAGUUGGAGGCGUGUUUGCUUAUUUCGCACAUGUCGAAAAACAUGGCAUCCAAAUUGUGGGCCACUUGAAGAAAGGGUUAAAUCCUCCUUCAAUUCAAUAUCUGAACUUCGAUUCCCAAUACCUACCCGUGACCCUGAAAGCUGGAAUCAUCUCUGGAAUUUUGGCCUUGGCAGAAGGGAUAGCAAUAGGGAGGAGCUUUGCAAUAAUGAGAAAUUAUCAGACGGAUGGGAACAAGGAGAUGAUUGCUUUUGGAUUCAUGAACAUCGUCGGAUCUUUCACUUCUUGCUACCUCACCACCGGUCCAUUCUCGAAGUCGGCCGUGAACUUCAACGCCGGGUGCCGGACGGCGAUGUCGAACAUUGUGAUGGCAGUGUGCAUGAUGCUCACGUUGUUGUUCCUGGCCCCCCUGUUCAGCUACACCCCGCUGGUGGCCCUGUCUGCCAUCAUAAUGACCGCGAUGUUUGGGUUGAUAGAGUACGAGGAAGCUUACAGGCUCUUCAAGGUCGACAAGUUCGACUUCUGCAUCUGCAUGGCUGCCUUCUUUGGGGUCACCUUCAUCAGCAUGGACGUCGGGCUCAUGAUGUCUGUGGGUUUAUCAGUGAUUAGGGCACUUCUCUACGUAGCUAGGCCUGCCACGUGUAAGCUCGGAAAUGUCCCAGAUUCUAUCCUUUUCAGGGACAUAGAGCAGUAUCCAGGUUCAAAUGAGAUUCCUGGCAUGUUGAUUCUUCAAUUGGGAUCCCCUAUUUAUUUUGCAAACUGUGCCUACAUCAAAGAGAGGGUUUGGAGGUGGAUCAGGGAGGAAAACGGCAUUUCGAACUCCAAAGAAAACGUAGUUGAGCAUCUGCUCCUAGAUUUUGGAGGGGUGACAGCAAUCGAUAUCGCAGGGCUCGAGACGUUGCAAGAGCUUAAGAAUAGCUUGGAUUCGAACGAGAUCAAGGUUUCAAUCAUAAAUCCAAGGAUCGAGGUGAUGGAGAAGAUGAUCUUGUCAAAGUUCAUGGAGAGGGUUGGGAAGGAAUCCUUCUUCUUAUCGAUCGAAGAUGCAGUAGAGGCAUGUAGAUUCUCGAUGCACCACGAACCAAAAGCAAUGAAUGGCUUCUCAGGGAACCUGGAGGCUCCCUAGACUGAGGCGAUGCUCUAGUACGUGGAGGUAAUGCUGUUAAUAGAUUUAGCUUUGAGGUUGCACCGAGUGGUUAAGAGUUUGAGCCAGAGUAAUAGAAAUGGUCGGACGCAGUUUCGAUCAGAUAGGCAUAUAAUUUGCCUGUACCUUCGGAUUUAACUGUAAAAUUUCACAAAUUCUACAAGGAACCGAAAUGAUACGAUCUCGCCAGCAAUUACAGGA